CUGCGCUCUCGCUCGCGCUCCCCAGCGCCCUCCGCUCUCCCGGCCGCGGUCUCUCUCGCCCGCGCCGCCCCGCCGCCGCCCCUCGGCGACCAUGGCGCUCCGGGGAUCUCCGCGCGCCCCGAAGGGCCCCGGCCCCACCGCCCGAGCCCCGAGCCCAGGGGCGCCGCCGCCGCCGCCGCCGCGCUCGCGGCCGCUCCUGCUGCUGCUGCUGUUGCUGGCCGCUUGCGGGGCGGCGGGGCGCUCCCCGGAGCCCGGGCGCCUGGGUCCCCGCGCCCGGCUGAUCCGGGCGCCGCCGAACCCGCUUGCGGGGCGCGCGCUGCCCGGCGGUGGCGAGGAUCGGCAGGCGCGCGACGAGGAUCCCGGUACCCCGGGUCCCGGUCAGGCUCCGGGUCCCGGCGAGGACGGCGCCCCCGCCGCGGGCCAGGGGCGCUGGGCGCGGGCAGCGCCGAUGGCCGGAGCGGCUUCGCGGUCGCAAGUCUCGCUCAUCAGCACGUCGUUCGUGCUCAAGGGGGACGCGACGCACAAUCAGGCGAUGGUGCACUGGACGGGCGAGAACAGCAGUGUGAUCUUGAUCCUGACCAAGUAUUACCACGCAGACAUGGGGAAGGUUCUGGAAAGUUCUCUGUGGCGGUCGUCGGAUUUCGGGACGUCCUACACCAAGCUCACCCUCCAGCCUGGCAUCACCACCGUCAUCGACAACUUCUACAUCUGCCCGACCAACAAGAGGAAGAUCAUCCUCGUGAGCUCCUCGCUCAGCGACCGGGACCAGAGCCUGUUCCUCAGCGCGGACGAGGGCGCCACCUUCCAGAAGCAGCUUGUCCCCUUCUCCGUGGAGACGCUCAUCUUCCACCCCCGGGAGGAGGACAAGGUGCUGGCCUACACAAAGGAGGGCAAGCUCUACGUGUCGUCUGACCUGGGGAGGAAGUGGACCCUUCUGCAGGAGCGAGCGACCAAAGACCACGUGUUCUGGGCUGUGUCUGGGGUGGACGCUGACCCUGACUUGGUCCACCUGGAGGCCCAGGACCUCGGAGGAGGUUUUCGCUACGUCACCUGCCAGAUCCACAACUGCUCCGAUAACGCACGGACGACGCCCUUCGCGGGCCCCAUCGACCAGGGCUCUCUGACCGUGCAGGACGAUUACGUCUUCGUGAAGGCAACCACAGCAAACCAGACCAAAUACUACAUCUCUUACCGUCGCAAUGAAUUUGUCCUGAUGAAGCUGCCAAAGUAUGCAUUGCCAAAGGAUCUGCAGGUCAUCAGCACGGACGAGAGCCAGGUGUUCGUGGCCGUGCAGGAGUGGUACCAGACCGACACCUACAACCUAUACCAGUCGGACACGCGCGGCGUGCGCUACUCACUGGUGCUGGAGGAUGUGCGCAGCUCACGGCAAGCAGAGGAGAGCGUGGUCAUCGACAUCCUGGAGGUCCGAGGGGUGAAAGGAGUCUUCCUGGCAAACCAGAAAGUCAACGGGAAGGUGGUGACCCUCAUAACCUACAACAAGGGCCGAGACUGGGGUUACCUGAGGCCUCCCAGCACGGACAUGAACGGGAAACCAACCGACUGCAAGCCUCCCGACUGCCACCUGCACCUGCACCUGCGCUGGGCGGACAACCCCUACGUGUCGGGCACGGUGCACACCAAGGACAGCGCCCCCGGCCUGCUCACGGGCGCAGGUAACCUGGGCUCCCAGCUGGUGGAAUAUAAAGAGGAAAUGUACAUCACGUCGGACUGCGGCCACACCUGGCGGCAGGUGUUCGAGGAGGAGCACCACAUUCUCUACCUGGACCACGGCGGCGUGAUCGUGGCCAUCAAGGACACCUCCAUCCCCCUGAAGAUCCUCAAGUUCAGCGUGGACGAGGGCCUCACCUGGAGCACGCACAACUUCACCAGCACCUCCGUGUUUGUGGAUGGGCUGCUGAGUGAGCCAGGGGACGAGACGCUGGUCAUGACCGUCUUCGGCCACAUCAGCUUCCGCUCGGACUGGGAGCUGGUCAAGGUGGACUUCCGGCCCUGGUUCUCCAGGCGGUGCAGCGAGGAUGACUACAGCUCCUGGGACCUCACCAACCUGCAGGGUGACCGCUGCGUCAUGGGCCAGCAGAGGAGCUUCCGCAGGAGGAAGCCCGCGUCCUGGUGCGUCACGGGCCGCAGCUUCACGGCAGCGCUCACGGCCCGCGUGUGCCCGUGCCGGGCCUCGGACUUCCUCUGUGACUAUGGAUUUGAGCGCGCCCCCUCCUCGGAGUCCGAUGCCAACAAGUGCUUUGCCAACUUCUGGUUUAACCCCCUGUCGCCCCCUGACGACUGUGUCCUGGGCCAGACCUACACCAGCAGUCUCGGGUACCGGAAGCUGGUGUCCAACGUGUGCGAGGGCGGCGUGGACCCGCGGCAGAGCCCCGUGCGGCUGCAGUGCCCGCUCCUGCCGCCGCGGGGCCUGCAGAUCAGCAUCCGCGGCGAGGCGGUGGCUGUGCGGCCCGGGGAGGACGUCCUGUUCGUGGUGCGGCAGGAGCAGGGUGAUGUCCUGACCACCAAGUACCAGGUGGACCUGGGGGACGGCUUCAAGGCCAUGUACGUGAACCUCACGCUGACCGAGGAGCCCAUCCGGCACCGCUACGAGAGCCCCGGCGUCUACCGCGUGUCCGUCAGGGCAGAGAACGUGGCGGGGCACGACGAGGCAGUGCUGUUUGUCCAGGUCACCGCCCCCCUGCAGGCCCUCUACCUGGAAGUGGUUCCUGUCAUCGGCGUCAACCAGGAGGUGAACCUUACGGCCGUGCUGCUGCCCCUGAACCCCAACCUCACCGUCUUCUACUGGUGGAUCGGCCACAGCCUGCAGCCCCGCCUGUCCCUGGAGAACUCUGUGACGACGCGGUUUGGGGACCCGGGGGACGUGCGGGUGACGGUGCAGGCUGCCUGCGGGACCUCCGUGCUGCAGGACUCCAAGGUGGUCCGCGUGCUGGAUCAAUUUCAGGUAGUGCCUCUGCAGUUUUCCAAGGACCUGGACGCUCACAACCCCAACACCCCCGAGUGGAGGGAAGACGUUGGCCUCGUGGUGUCCCGGCUCCUCUCCAAGGAGACCAGCAUCCCUGAGGAGCUGAUGGUGACGGUGGUAAAGCCGGGGCUGCCCACCUUGGCCGACCUGCACGUGCUCCUGCCCCCUCCCAGGCCCACGAGGAAAAGGAGCCUCACCAGUGACAAGAGACUCACGGCCAUCCAGCAGGUGCUGAACGCACAGAAGAUCAGCUUCCUCCUGCGCGGUGGGGUCCGGGUCGUGGUGGCCAUGAGGGACGUGGACACAGAUUCCCCCAGCCUGGGAGGCGGAGGCGGCUACUGGGCAGUGGCGAUCCUCUUCGUCAGCGGGCUCUUCGCGGUCGGGGCCUUCAUCCUGUACAAGUUCAAAAGGAAACGCCCCGGCAGGACCGUGUAUGCCCAGAUGCACAACGAGAAGGAGCAGGAAAUGACAAGCCCCGUGAGCCACAGCCAGGGUGUGCAGAGCGCCAUCCAGGGUGAGGAGUUCAUAGAGGAUGAGCUCCACCCACAGACUCUAGUGGCCCCUGCCAGGGGGGGACAGAGCCCCGCCUACCUCCCCCUGCUGCUGAUGCCGGGGCCGGCCCCCUCUGCAGGGAACCACUCGGGCGUCGUCCUGAGCGUCAGCUCCCGGGAGAUGCACAGCUACCUGGUGAGCUGAGGCCGCGGCGGCCGUGCCCGGAACGCUCAUCCCCCGCGGAGGGCCCAGGACCACACGCGCCCCUCGGCUCGGGGUGGGACCCGCACCCCCGCGGAGACCUCGGGAAAGCCUCCUCCUCCUCCCGCCGCGUCCACGCCAGCCGACAGCUGCCCCCGCCCCGUCCAGCUCAAGCCCGCCCCGCCUCGCCCCGGCCCCCAACUCUGGACACUGUCAGCCCACACCCCGUCACUCCGGCGAGGAGGCCUGACUUCUCAUAGGCGAGGCCGGGCCCCCUGAGGCUGGGGGGUGAGCCUGCUGGACUCUCAGAAACGCAGACCCCCCACCCACCCAUCUCCGCCUCCAUCACCCGCAUCGUGGGCUCCUGUCCCCCGGAGGAACGCCACCACUUUCUUCCUCGGAACCCCCAGGAGGGCAGCUCCCACCGCUCCCACGCCCGUCCCUCUGCGGGGGGUCGUGCACACCCCCUCCAGAAUCCGGAAAGCCUGCUGCAGGGUCCCCCUCAAGCCACCCUCCAGGCCUCCCUCCAUGCUCCCCUUCCUCUUUUUAACCUGCAGAGAUGAUGUAAAUACCUCUCUAGGUAGCCAUUUGCGGUUUUUUUGGUGGGGAAGUUGUUCUCUUUUUAUUGCCAGGCAGUAGCCCCCGUUCUUGGGAACCCCCUUGCCGAAAGCCCAGGAAUGCUCCUCCGCCCCCACUGGCAGCCUUCUCUCCUGCCCCACCUCCCAAAAAAAAGCAAAGCUCCCCCAGCCCCGCCCUCCAAGGGAUCCAGCGCCCCCACCCCACGGCUGGCCCAUGUGCAGGCUUCUUGCCCAGGAUCGGCCGAGACAGAUGCCCAGUGCUUUGCGAUUCCUCAUUUCUAGAGGGAGCCGCGUAGAGACCCAGGAACCAGGAGAGGGUAGAAAGGCAGAGCGCGAAGGGCGACAAGUGGUGCCCACCUUGUCUUAAAGACAGAGCCACGGAGGCCCAGAGAGGGAGUGGCUGCCCCAGGGUCACACACAGCAAGGGGGCCACAGAGGUGCCCCGGGAGCCAGCCCCCCUCCACCCUGCACUUCCCACACAGUUUGACCCCCCUCGCUCACCGAUGACUAGAGUCAGGGACUCUGGGAGCAUCUAGGGGCGGGGUUUCACCUUUUGCCUUGAAACUGGAAGUCAGCAUCCCCUCCCCUCCCACCUGGGCUCUCGGUGGCCAGAGCGUCCUCCCAGAGGUGGGGACACCCCAGAUCCCAGGCUAGGACCCCGCUGGCUGCGAGGAGGAGCCCAGGAUGAAGCCUGGGGCGGUGGGAAGCCUUAGCCCGCUUCCACAGAAAAGAAAGGCGGCCUGCAGAGGGUCAUCCGCACCCCCAGAGCAGCUCCCGCACGCGGGAGGGGGCGACCCUGGCGUCCAGCCCCAUGUGUUGCAAAUGGGGUCUGAGACCGGCUCAGAAGGGGUCGCUGCAGAUUGCUGGGAGGGCAGCAGAGGCGCCCCCUCCCCUUGCUGCAGCCCACCCAGCUGAGCCGCUGGCUGUGCCAGCGUCCUCCACACCCUCCUCGGGGAAGUGCGGGAGUUGCGGGGCGCUGCAGGGAGAGGCUGGGUUCUCAGGGCAUCUGCCUCCGCCAGCCUGCCUGCCGUCUCCAAAGACCCUUAGGGAACCCCGCGUCCUGCCAUCCACCCCCACCCAGCCCGUGAGCCUCAUUCCAGGGUCAGACACCUUCAGCGCCGGCCAGGUCCCAGGUCAAGGUCAGCAGGGAGCCCCCUGGACGCAGCUCAGCAGUGCUUCCGGGUGAUGAUGCCUCUGUGACCUCCUGACCCUCAGCUGCAUUGUCUUGCUGAUGCGAUAGGGCUUCCCUUUAGCUAUUUGUGUUCUUAUAUUUUAUGUCAUCAUUUCUAUGAAGAGCAUUUUGGGUAUGCGGACCCAAGAGCCUGGGAAUAAGUUGGCAUCUAUAACCGAAUACGUUUCCGUCCCCAUAACCAUGUAGAUCCACACGUAGGUCUGGGUUUAUCUGGUUCCACGUUUUGAGGUCCUGCGUCUUUGCCGUACAGGUACUCACGGGCCCCUGGGAAGAGCGGGCUGGGCUUGGACCGCUAACAUCUCAUUCAGCUGGAUCGAGCCCACACUUCUAUAUGCACAUAACAGAGAUGCGAUAAAUUCUUUCUUAUUUUUCCUUUUUAAAAAUCAAUAAAUCAUUUGUGAUGCUUUUAACAAAGAUUAAAUGCA